AUGUCUCAAAAGCCAUCGAAAAAAUCUUCAAAAAAUAAAAAACAUAAACUGGGAGGAAGCUCUAGCAAGAAGUCGUCAAAGAAAGGAAGUCGAGCAUCAAGAAAAAUGAAAGACAAGCAUAGAAAGAAAGAAUCAGGCGAGAAGCGUCGACAUCAUAAGAAGAGUAAGAUGAAGCGUGAAAAGAUCGUCAAACCCGACAAGAAACAGCGCAAGAUUUCUGAGAAAAAGAAGCCGGACAAAAAACACUGGAUUGAGCAAGAGUUCCUUCAACCUAGUCCAGGAAUACAACCGCCAAAAGAGGAGGAGCAAAAGAAAAUGGAAGAGAAGUUCCCUCCAUACAUGGAAACACAAAAGCCGAAGGCUGCACCACCCAAGCCUGAAAAGAGGCCGGCUGAACCUAUGGAGCCUUCUCCUAAACGCGAUAAAAUCAAAGGAAUGGAUGAACAUGCGCCGCCACAAGCAGCGGAGGGCGUUGCCCGGAAGGCGAAGCCCAAAGAAGAAAAACCGUCUCCAAUCAAAAUGGCUCUUCCACCGGAGCCUAAGGAAUCACCCGCACCGGCAGCUCCUACUCCAAGGGAAGAAGAGGUCACACCACCGCCUCCCACUCCUCCUCCACCGAAGCCAGAAGAGGAAUCUCCACGCAAAAGAGCUCCACGUGUGGCUAAACACGAAGAGGAGGAGAUCAAGAAGCCAGCAGUACCGCCUGAACAAGCACCUAAGAUGGAGGAGCCUCCUGCGCCUAAAAGAGAAGUUCCUCCUACGGAACCACCACCAAUUCCUUCUCCGAAACCCGUGGAAAUGCGAAAGGAGAAGGUGGAGAAAGCUGAGGUCUUCUAUGAACCAAAAAUGGAGAAGCUACCACCGCCUAAACCAAGGCCCAAGAGAAUUUCGCCACCACAGGAGCCUCCACCAGCUGCGGUGCCAAGGGAGACGAUCCCCGUGGAGCUGCGAACAGCUAGGGAAUAUGAGCAGCAACCUGUGGAGCCUCAACCUCUACCAGGUGAUCGUCUUCGGGUCAACAUUGACGAAAUACUACGUCUUGGUGCCAUAAUGGAACGACGACAUAUGAGUUCCAAUAAGAAGCUUUCAUUCGAAUGGAUUGCAAUGAAUCGACACGUUGCUCAUCUACAACCGGAAGCCUUCUCAUCGCAUCUGGCCACAGCUGUAGGAGACGUUCGGUUAGAAAAAUCACUGGCGUGCGACGCCUUGAACGUUCUCAUGUACCAGCAUACGAUAACCCCGGAUGAGUACUUGCGAUUGUGUCAGCAUCUUGACACCGUGAGCCCGAUCACCAUCAGCACACUCGCUCAACUUCUUAGAACAAACACGAUGUACUACAACAGCCUGCAGAACGCCCAGCGUACAGCAGCCGGUCCACCUCCUUGC